CACAGAAACCCUGGGACUGCGCGCGGACUUCAUGGAUUAGGGCCAUUUGCAGCACUGUUGACUUUUGAAGCAGCAUCUCCGCUGAACACCCCGACAUCUGUGCCCAUGAUGCAUCUCUGAGAGGGAGCUUAUCUUUCCCACCAAGAGGAAGGAAAACAGACUGAUCUCUUUCUUCGGCUACUGCUUUCUGUUUCUAUCAAGAGAUGAUGUUUUCGUCUGCAGGCAAGCGCUGCUUCACGAUCGAGUCUCUGGUCGCCAAAGAGAACCCUUUAAUCGCCGAGGAGCCCAUCCGUCCGACGGCUCUGAGUUACUCCAACCCGACGACAGAGGUCUUAAUGAACGGUUACCCGGCUCCGCCAGGCAGGUCCAUCUACCAGAGCCCGGACCUGGUGUUCCCAGAGACGGUAAACCACCCCUCCCUCACCGUGGCCCCUCACCAGCUCGGAGGCUCCCACCUACAGCAUCCGCACUUCUUCGGGACGCAACACCGAGACCCGCUCAACUUCUACCCCUGGGUCCUACGGAACAGGUUCUUCGGACACAGAUUUCAAGGUAACGACGUGUCCCAGGACAGCCUGCUCCUCCACGGUCCUUUCGCCAGAAAACCCAAGCGCAUUCGGACAGCCUUCUCUCCCUCCCAGCUCCUCCGUCUGGAAAGAGCCUUCGAGAAGAACCACUACGUCGUCGGGGCCGAGAGGAAGCAGCUAGCAAACAGCUUGAGUUUAUCUGAAACACAGGUGAAGGUGUGGUUCCAGAACAGGAGGACCAAGUACAAGCGACAGAAGCUGGAGGAGGAGGGCCCAGAGAGCCAGCAGAAGAAGAAGGGAAGCCACCACAUCAACAGAUGGCGCAUCGCCACCAAGCAGUCCAGCUCCGAGGACAUCGACGUGACCUCAGAGGACUAAAACUGCGCUCCGACCUCCAACAAUGCUGCCCUAUAACCCUGCGUCCCCUUCAGACGCAUCAAAGGACCAACACUAUUUAUUAUGUAAUAUUAUUGAGUAUAAUUAGACACAUUAGAGGACUAAAUAUGUGAUCAGCGCACAUCUCUUCAUCAAGGUGCUACUCUCAGUGACACUGGAAGAAAAAAUGGUAUUAAUGACAUCCAUCCUGAAUGUCUCUGGAUGAGGAGAGAGCUUUGGUGUGUGAAGACCAAAGAUGAAGAGAAACAACGCCAACCUUUAUCAUAGUCUGUUAUUCGUUUUUUUUUAAAUAUUGUACAUAGGCCACUUAUAAAGGUUGUUUUUGAAAGACGCCAUUUGUUUCAUUAAAGCUGUUUUUACCACCCGCUUAGGUCAUUAACACCUCAUGGCUCACCCCACCCACCUGCGUACUAUGUUAAUUUAAAUUAAUUAAAAUCUCCUCAAUGAUGAGAACAUGUCGCACACUUUGAAUUCACCCAGUGAGUCGGAGAACAGGCUGGUGACUGGCUAGAUGAACAAAACAGGAAAUUAAACCAUAUGUCAAAAGAAGAUCUAAAAAUUGCAGCAUGAUUUCCUUUUCACCGGUGACUUGACACCCAUUCCAGCGCUCUGUUAUGCUUCCUAAUAAAGAUUCUGCACAAAAAGGCGAUUCAUGACCAGCUGUGCAUGACUCAGGGACAGACGAGACGCUGCAGGGACCUCUGGUGUUAGGGGCGAGUUGUGCCUCACAAUAAAAGCGAGUUCACA